AUGGCCGACUCGGGCAAAGAUGCCAAGUUCUUCCAGCGCAGCAAGGUCGACGAGCUGCGCACCGAGCUCAAUGCCGACAAAAAGGACAAAGGCUGGGUGCGUAAAAAGGCAGUGCUCAAAAAGAUCAUCGCCAAUGCCACCAUGGGCAACGAUAUGUCCGCCCUCUUCACCGACGUCGUCCAGUGCUUGAACAUCCAGGUCCUCGAGAUCAAAAAGAUGGUUUACCUAUACCUCAUCAAUUACGCCCGUUCCAAGCCAGACCUAGUGCCCAACGCAGUGCCCGGCUUUCUCUCGGAUUGCAACGAUCGCAACCCACUCAUCCGCGCACUCGCCAUCCGCACCAUGUCCUACAUCCAGGUCCCCACCGUCUUGGCUGCAUUGAUCGAUCCCUUGAGGCAUUCGCUCAAGGACGCCGAUCCAUACGUACGCAAGACGGCCGCAAUCUGCGUCGCCAAGCUCUACAUGCACGACAAGCGCUUGAUCGAAAAGCAUUCCUUCAUUGGCAUGCUCAGGGACCUGCUAGCCGAUGCCAACCCCACUGUCGUCGCCAACGCCGUAGCCGCCCUCGUCGAGAUCUCGGAACGCUCGGACAACAUUCAGCUCAAGCUCAACUUGACCAUCGCCUCCAAACUUGUUUCUGCGCUGGCAGAAUGCUCCGAGUGGGGCCAAACCUACAUUCUCGAGGCGCUCAUGUUCUUUGUCCCCUCCGACUUUGCCGACGCCGAGAUCCUGGCUGAACGCAUCGCAGUGCGUCUGCAGCACGCCAACUCGGCCGUCGUGCUCACCUCGACCAAAGUCAUCCUCUACCUCAUGAACUACAUCGCCAGCGCCGAGUUCAAGGAGUCACUCUGUCGCAAACUCUCCCCUCCCCUCGUCACUUUGCUCUCCUCAGGUCCCGAGGUGCAGUACGUCGCGCUGAGGAACAUCCUACUCGUCAUCCAGAGGAGACCGUUGGUGCUGCAGAACGAAGUCAAGGUCUUCUUUUGCAAGUACAACGACCCGAUUUACGUCAAGAUGGCCAAGCUCGAGAUCAUCUAUCGGCUAGCCAACGAGCGCAAUGUCGAGCAGGUGCUGGCCGAGUUGCGCGAGUAUGCGUCCGAGGUGGAUGUAGAUUUCGCAAGGAAAGCUGUACGCAGCAUUGGCAGGCUGGCGAUCAAGAUCGAGUCUUCGGCGGACAAGUGCAUCCAUGCGCUGCUGGCACUCAUCCAGACUAAAGUAAAUUACGUCGUGCAGGAAGCGAUUGUCGUCAUCAAGGACAUCUUCCGCAAGUACCCGAAUCGAUACGAGAGCGUCAUCUCGACACUCUGCGAAAACUUGGAUAGCUUGGACGAGAGCGAGGCAAAGGCUGCCAUGAUCUGGAUCAUCGGCCAGUACGCCGAUCGGAUCGAGAACUCGGACGAGCUGCUCGAGGACUUUUUGUAUACGUUUUUGGAAGAGCCGGUCGAGGUGCAGUUGGCGCUGCUCACAGCGACGGUCAAGUUGUUCCUCAAGCGGCCGACGGCGGGCGGGGAGCUGGUGCCAAAGGUGCUCAAGUGGGCCACGGAGGAGGUCGAGAAUCCCGACCUGAGGGAUCGCGGGUUCAUGUAUUGGCGUCUGCUGUCGACCGAUCCCGAGGCCGCGCGCGCCGUCGUGCUGGGCGCCAAGCCGGCGAUAUCCACAGAGACGGACCGCAUGGAUCGGCAGUUACUCGAUCAACUUUUGCUGCACGGUGCCAGUCUGGCGAGCAUCUUCCACCGACAGCCACAGACGUUUAUACGCAACGCCAAAGCGAGGUAUGUGCCCGACUCGCUGGCUCUCGACGAGAGCGCGAGAAGGUACGCUUCUGCCCAUCUGUACAGCAAGCCGCUGGUGCGAGGGCCUGUUCUGCCCAGUGUCUCCGCUGCAUCCACUGCAGCGGCUGGAGGUGCGAAGCCAAACCCGAACCCGAACUCGAACUCGGACCCGGACGACAAGCUGCCGCAGUACGAGCGCUCAUCCUCACCCACCCGGUCUGCAGCAGGGAGGAACAAGCAGGCGCCGCCCAAGACGGCCAGUGCCGACUACGAGGACGACGACGACGGGGAGCACGGGCCGCUCGCAGCACGCGGAGUAUCUGCGUCCAACGGCCACCACCCUGCCCCUGCCUUUGCCCCUGCAGCAGCAGGUGGCGAGGAGCCAGACCCGUACGCUAUGCUCGGCGACGACUUUGGAUCCUCCUCCACCCGCUAUGAGCCAGACCGACCCACGCCGAACCCGUCGUUCCUCGACUGA